AUGUGUGAUAAAGUGUGUGAUUGUGUGACUAGGACGGGACAAGGAGCUUCUGCUCUGAUCUAUAUUGGAGUUAGGACGGGACAAGGUGCUCCUGCUCAGAUCUAUAUUGGAGUUAAGACGGGACAAGGUGCUCCUGCUCAGAUCUAUAUUGGAGUUAGGACGGGACAAGGUGCUCCUGCUCAGAUCUAUAUUGGAGUUAGGACGGGACAAGGUGCUUCUGCUCUGAUCUAUAUUGGAGUUAGGACGGGACAAGGACGGGAACAAGGUGCUUCUGCUCAGAUCUAUAUUAGAGUUAUGACGGGACAAGGUGCUUCUGUUCAGAUCUAUAUUGGAGUUAGGACGGGACAAGGAGCUUCUGCUCAGAUCUAUAUUGGAGUUAGGACGGGACAAGGUACUUCUGCUCUGAUCUAUAUUGGAGUUAGGACGGGACAAGGUGCUUCUGUUCAGAUCUAUAUUGGAGUUAGGACGGGACAAGGUGCUCCUGCUCAGAUCUAUAUUGGAGUUAUGACGGGACAAGGUGCUCCUGCUCUGAUCUAUAUUGGAGUUAGGACGGGACAAGGUGCUUCUGCUCUGAUCUAUAUUGGAGUUAGGACGGGACAAGGUGCUUCUGCUCAGAUCUAUAUUGGAGUUAGGACGGGACAAGGUGCUUCUACGCAGAUCUAUAUUGGAGUUAUGACGGGACAAGGUGCUCCUGCUCAGAUCUAUAUUGGAGUUAGGACGGGACAAGGUGCUCCUGCUCUGAUCUAUAUUGGAGUUAUGACGGGACAAGGUGCUUCUACUCCGACCUAUAUUGGAGUAAGGACGGGACAAGGUGCUUCUACUCAGAUCUAUAUUGGAGUUAGGACGGGACAAGGUGCUUCUACUCCGACCUAUAUUGGAGUUAGGACGGGACAGUGCUUCUACUCCGACCUAUAUUGGAGUUAG